AGCUUAGAAGAGAGUGACAAAUAAUACAGGCAGAGAGAAUCGGUGCCACAAACCGAGCUGAACACAAUAUCAAAAAACCAGCUAUGGCCAAAUACUUCGUCGAUGUACGAUAUAAUAAGGCAUGGCCGGGGGCCGCAACUAGUUACAUACAUACAUGUGUUAUAAAUCGGAUGAAAUGCCACUAAAAAUCGAGAGACAGGCAACAGAACACGCACGCAACGCAUAUAUAAACUAAAUGAUUCGACGCCUGACAGCAUCCCACGUUAUCAGAGUCGAUCGCUUUAUGAAAGAUCUUCGCUUGGGUCAUAACAAACGAUAUAUUCCCUUUUAAACCAUCUCCCAACCAAACACACACUUGGUCAUCGCGCUGUCGUCAUCGCCUUCGCCGCCGUCGUCGUCGUCGUUGAUGCCUCGUCGUCAUCCAUGCCAAAAACAAACCAAAAAAAAAAAAAAAAAUGCCAUAAAACUGAUGUGAAUUGUGAUGGGCUAACAAGAGGCCAGCCUACGCUCAACGCCAAGAAUAUUUUAUUGCCGUACUGCGUAGGCUAGCCUCUUGUUCUCUGAGAAUUAGGUAUUUAAAUGAAUAAGCAUUCACAAUUUAAUUUUAAAAAAUUAUAUAAAGAAUUGUCAAAUUCCUUAUAGCGAAUGUGAGAGUUUUGAGGUCGUAUGAGAGAGAUUGAGAGAUGUUAACAAAGUAACUAAACAGUUAGAUGCGAUGGGAUGAUGAUGAUGAUGACUGWUGAUGACAUGACGAUGAUGAUACUGGCUGACUCUUUAACGCGUUUACUUCAUCUUCGGUUAGACAAAGUGCAGCACACACAAUGCAUCCAAUACUAGCGACAACAUUUGCCAAUUCUGUGUCUGUGUUCUUCCCCUUACUACUGGCCCGGCUUGGCCUGACUCUGGCUCUGGCUCCGGCUCUGGCUCUGACUCUGACUCUGGCUCCGGCUCUGGCUGACUAUCGACUAGAGACUCUUGGAGCAGCUAUCGCGCCAUCGUCGCACAUCGACGCCAACGACGUCGUCCAGCCUAGCCUCAGAGGCGAUCCCCCAAAACGUAUUUCUUAUUUUUACAGUUCGCUUAUGUGUGAGGCCAUAAGAGAGAGAGAUGAGAGAUGCCGCCGCCUGGUUGACUGCCUGGUUGCAUACUGUUGUGUACUGUGCGUACUGUGCUGCUCUACACUGUUGUCACUGCUCGCUCUCUCACCCACAAAUCCCGUCUGCGGCCGCGGCAGUGGUGUUGGCUCCCUGGCAACUGUUUCUGACUGUGCGUUCAUUUGGGUCCCACGAUAACAAAAACAAAAGUACAAGAACAAACCAAAUACCACAAACGUAGCACAACAAAAAUACUAUUUUUUUUUUUAUAAAUGAAUUUAUUCAAAAUAAUGUUGAAAUCACACCAAAAACCAUAAACCAAAUGUCAAACAUUUGCCCGACUGACUGGCAUGGCUUUGAUGCGAUUUUCGGGUUGCUGGCUUGGCCUGGUCGCCAACAUGAUGAUCAUAUGAUUUGAUGGUAGAGAUGUGGAGCUCUCGAUCUUCUCGCUUACUGCUCCUUUGAUGAGGUCGUGCGGUCCAACCAAGGGCCUACAGUAACUAGGCAGACAAACUAAACUCUCGGUGUUGUGCGAUAAAAGCGAUGUGUGUGUCCUCUCUCUGAAAGCGCAUUAAGAUCUGAAGGAUUACAUGCGCCAAGCUGGCGAGGUUACCUAUGCUGAUGCCCAUAAGCAGCGUCGCAACGAGGGUGUGGUCGAAUUCGCCUCGUUGUCGGACAUGAAGACCGCCAUUGAGAAACUCGAUGAUACCGAGCUGAAUGGUCGUCGUGUGCAUUUGGUGGAGGAUCGUCGUGGUGGACGCAGCGGUGGUGGUGGUGGAGGCGGUGGCGGUGGUAGUGGCGGUGGUGGACGUGGCCGAUCACGUUCGUCUAGCUCGCGUUCACGUUCUCGCUCUCGCAGGCGUUCUCGCUCACGCCGCUCGUCGCACUCGCGCUCGAAGUCACGUAGUCGCUCCAAGUCUCGCGGUGGACGCUCCAAGUCAAAGUCCCCAGUCAAAUCGCGUUCUCGCUCACGUUCGCGCUCCAACAAAUCUCGUGAUGUGUCCAAGUCAAAGUCAAAGUCUCGCUCUCGCACUCGCUCCCGCUCGCCCAAGCGCGAUUCACACUCACGUUCACGCUCUAACUCUAAGCGUGAGUCACGUUCCCGUUCACGUUCAAAGUCGAAUCGCCGUGAUUCGCGUUCACGUGAUCGUUCCGCAUCGCCCGAUAACAAGUCGCGUUCUCGUUCUCGUUCACGUUCAGCAUCGCCGAAGAAUGGAAACGCUUCACCAGAUCGCAACACCGAAAGCAUGGAUGAUUAGAUUAGUUAGCUGUCCCAUUAAUUAUAAAAAUAUUGAUUUUAGUUUUCGACUAUUUACUAUAUAGAAAAACAAAUACAGACACCCCUAUCCACCAAAAUCACUUGAAACAAA